AUGCAGGCUGUGUACUGGUACGCGGUCCUUCUGCUGCAGCCCACCCUCUACCUGGUUACCUGUGCAAAUUUAACAAAUGGAGGAAAAACAGAACUCCUAAAAUCAGGGAGCUCCAAAUCCACACUAAAGCAUAUAUGGACAGAAAGUAGCAAGGACUUGUCCAUCAGCCGGCUGCUGUCACAGACUUUUCGCGGAAAGGAAAACGAUACAGAUUUGGACCUGCGAUACGAUGCCCCAGAAACUUAUUCUGAGCAAGAUCUCUGGGACUGGCUGAGGAACUCCACAGACCUGCAAGAGCCUCGGCCCAGAGCAAAGAGACGGCCCAUUGUCAAGACUGGGAAAUUUAAGAAAAUGUUUGGCUGGGGCGAUUUUCAUUCCAACAUCAAGACUGUGAAGCUAAAUCUGUUAAUAACGGGGAAAAUCGUUGACCAUGGCAAUGGGACCUUUAGUGUUUACUUCAGGCAUAACUCCACCGGUCAAGGGAAUGUGUCUGUGAGCCUAGUGCCCCCUACAAAAAUAGUGGAAUUUGACUUGGCACAACAGACAGUGAUUGAUGCCAAAGAUUCCAAGUCCUUUAACUGUCGAAUCGAGUACGAAAAGGUUGACAAGGCUACCAAGAACACACUCUGCAACUAUGACCCUUCAAAAACCUGUUAUCAGGAGCAGACGCAGAGCCACGUGUCAUGGCUCUGCUCCAAGCCCUUUAAAGUAAUCUGUAUUUACAUUUCGUUUUAUAGUACAGAUUAUAAACUAGUACAGAAGGUGUGUCCUGAUUACAACUACCACAGUGACACACCCUACUUCCCAUCAGGAUGA